ACGCACUCCUUUCCCCACUUCCCAAUUUGCAAAAGAGGCUCCUCUAACAACAACGAUGGCCAGACUCUCAAGCAUGGUUGUCCUCUUGGCAGUUGCGCUGCUGCUUACAGAUGUGUACGCCUACCGCACCACUAUCACCACUGUGGAGGUGGACGAAGACAACCAAGGCCGCCACGAGAGGUGCCACCACAUCAGGCCCCGCGAGCAGCUCCGCAGCUGCGAGAGCUUCUUGAGACAGAGCAGAGGAUAUUUGGAGAUGAAGGGAGUGGAGGAGAACCAGUGGGAGAGACAGCAAGGUUUGGAAGAGUGUUGCCGACAGUUGAGGAACGUGGAGGAGCAGUGCAGGUGCGACGCGUUGCAGGAGAUUGCUCGUGAGGUACAGAGACAGGAGCGUGGUCAAGAAGGAAGUCAGAUGCUCCAGAAGGCUAGGAUGUUGCCAGCCAUGUGCGGAGUUCGCCCACAGCGAUGCGACUUCUAAAUGGUCUCUGUAAUGCCUACGCACAAUCGGACACGAACAGCACAUGGUCGUGUGCUUUGUAGUGUCGAAUGUUUGAAUAAAUAAAGCCUUAUAUAAAUAUAUGUAAUCGAGGCUGUUUUGCUCUCCUACUAUAUUAUCGUACGGUUUUCUUUGUGUGCAAA